AUGCGAUUAUAUGAGCAGUUAAACCUCACUUCUAAAUUGGCCAUCGAGAAAGCGCCUCAUAGUUCAAUUGUGAAUAUCGAUACUACAGCUGUAGGAAAAAUAAAAAUAAAAAUCCAACGAGUUUCAAAAACACUGUGUAUUUUUGGGUUGAGCAUCAAAAGAAAAAUGCUAAGCCGGGUCACCUUGAAUGUAUGGCUUGAUAUUGCCAACACGAUAUUGGUUUAUUUUCUACUUGGCAUUCCACUUGCUCGUAGCCUCAAACGUGGCUGGCUUACCCUUGAUGCAUUUGUCUCACGUGGCACCUUCUUUCUCUCGAGUCUAGAUCUCGCUCAUACGAAUGUCAGAACACACCUGUCCAACCCACGGUGGACUUGUCGAAGAUGGAUUUAACCCAGACUUUGAUCUAAAACAGUUGAUUCUUGAUCCAGAUUCCAACAUGCACAUCUGGGGAUGGCUGGUAUCGGGAUUUCUUACACUCGGAUCACUUACUAUCGCAGCUCACAGCAUUACACGCCAUCUUACACACUAUUAUACACCAAAAAUUCAACGACACAAAGUGAGAGUAUUAGCCUACCCACCUGCCUACGCGAUCCUGGCCUGGCUGACGUAUUUAAAGUACGAUUAUGCAACAGUUAUCAUGUUUUUUGCCAAGAUCGUUGAGUCUUUUGCAGUCUACAACCUCUUUGUCUGUCUCCAGUCCUAUUUGGAAGGAUACCGCAAGGAAAAUGAUCACGUCAAGGUAGCAGUGGACACCAAAGUCCUGGGCAUCUAUAAAUUCCAUCUGAACUCGAAAUGGGGGCUUCAUUUCCGUGCUAUUAUAGAUAUCUUGGUCUUUCAAUUCCCUAUUUGGAAUAUAAUUGCUUCUUUUAUUUCAAUCUUUGCCCAGAUCAAAGGUGUCUAUUGCGACGGUCAAUUCAGUCCACAUGGUGCAUAUCUGUACCUGGCGACGAUCAGUUUUAUUUCUCUAAGCAUAAUUCUCAUGGCGCUAUUUACUUAUCUUGCUGUGUUUAAUGAUGAAUGGAAAAGGGGAAAGGUCAGAGCACACGGUAUGUUCUGGUGUGUCAAGGGACCUAUCAUGGUCAUCUUUUAUUUUGGUGAUAUUCUACUAUCUAUCAUGACCUAUUUUGGGGUGAUCCACGACAAAGUACCUACAAAUGGAGGCACUGUGUGGACAGCUGCUGCUAUCAAGAACGGUUACUAUGUGCUCUUAAUCUGCGCUGUCAUGGUAUUUGUUGCUGCCCUUAUGGAGCGAUACUUUGGGUUGGAUUUCAAGGAAGAUAUUUUUGACGAUUCCGACAAAACGCGAUAUGGAUAUAUGCAUGCAUUUGCUGACAGCUUCUUGGGUUUCAUACCUCACUUCUUCAUCGAUCUUUUCUCGUGUGGAGGUGAAACAGUAGAACUGGCCAAAAAACGCAUUAAGCUCCACAAGCAACGACGCCUAAGUGAUGAUCAACUCGACCUCUUGGGAGCCGAGCCUGAUGCUCAUGAAGUGACACAUAUGGAUGACCCUUCAUCCCUUAGUCAACCUGCCCGUGCACACCAGUCAAAGGUCUAUGUUGAUCCAGACAGCGCACGGUUGAGCCAAUUCAACAGUAUACCCCUUGAACCCUUGAACCCUGCGUUUGCCGACCAUUCUUACACAACCACCAGCGUAGACCGUAACAAAAAUGAGACUAAAAUUGAGAUGACCCGGAUUAAAAUGGACCAGGGGUCUAGCAUAGAUAAUUUCCCUAUUCCUCCUCUUCAAAAGAGCUCUUCUGAGCAAAGACCCGCUCUUGCUGAACCCCAGCCAUCACAAGCUACGUCUCUUUCUAUAAGCGAUCAGGUUGAUCCAAAUCGACCUAAAGACCACUUUUCACCUCACGAGGGUAGAAAUAUUCCACCAGGAUAUUUCUAA